GGCGACUCGACAAGGACAGCGCAGGGUCUGGUACUCGGAGCCUGCAGACGAGGAAGGAGUGGCAUUGGUACCGUCGGGCCAGGCCGUGUGGUCAGAGCCACACGAGGCUUUUUAUUACUGGGACACGGCGACGGAUGAGGUCCACUGGGAGCCGCCAGCGCCGCCCCCGCCGCCGCUGCGCCCCAGGCGUAGCGGGCCUCUGGCCAGGGGCGCGGCGGCCGCGGGAGGUGCCGCCGCGGUGGCGCCCGCGGCGGCGCGGAGGAGAGCCGCAGAUAGCAACCCAGUGGUUGACGAGCGUGCUGACCGGCGAGAAGGUGGCGGGGGCACGCUCGGCAGCAGAGCCCGCGGCGAGCCCGAGACCGUGGAGGUGGACCACGGCGCUGGCGCCGACGGGGGCCAGAAGCUCAGCUACGGCUGCGUCGUCGUGGCGGUAGCACGAGAGCUCGGACUGCCAGAGGCAGAAGUGCGAGAUCUCGGCAUCAGCACCGUGGACGAGUGGCGCGCGAACUUCGGGCCCCAGGUGCACGGCCGGAGUCCUCCUGCGCAGGAGUGGGCGCGGGUGAGCUCGCGAGCCCUGGCCCUGGAGGGCGCCAAGAGGGAGGCGGCACAUAAGGCCGAAAAGGCGCGCGAGUCGCGGAGCCUCUCCCAGAUCACCUACGAGAACGAGACCAAGGAUCUGGAGAAGGCCAGACGAGCAGCCAAUCAUGUGGACAUGCUCAUGCCGCUCAGGCACCGCCAGGCCGCAGCCGCCCCGGCACGCCCG